AUGUGUGUUCCAUUUACGUUCCAUACUUCAGUCAGCGUACUCAUUCUCUCACCUAGGAACGCUAUCAACGGACGAUCCGGUCCGCCCUCGGACACCCCGUCGAACACUGCCGAUGUUCUCGACGUUCUUGGCAAACCUGUAUGGCUUACCGCCCAGAUCGCAGGAUGCCGAGGCCUGCCUCAAACAUCAGGGGCCUGGAAGAACCGCCCCGAUAGCUCUCGUCUUUGCCGCAUCACCUUUCAGGCACUAAGCGCAAACGGUGCACCGUGGGUUGACUCAAAGACCGCUCAGGAAGGCCAAGGCCUGGCGCGAGGGACGGUACGCUGGAAUGAGUCUCUCAGCUUCGAAUCUCUGGAGCUGAGCUUGAUAUCUAUCGCACUCUACGUGAAAGAUGUCAAUGGUGUAAUGCAACGGGUCUGUGAGACCUCUGUCACGGUGACGACAUUUCUUGAAAGCAGGCAAUUGCUUCUUCUUCCGACCGGAACAAUUUCCGACUCUACUGAAUGUACUCUCUUCUUCUCGGCGUCCCAAAUGCUCGAUGAACCAAACCAACAAGAGCGCAACUCAUCUACCGACGAAGCGAUCUCGACCGAAGAGACACGUGAGAGCCCUACCCCUACAUCUGAACCCUCGACCAUAUGCGCAGCUACGCCGUGGUCCACUGUUCUAAGGGGUCUGGUAGUUCUCGUGGACAUCACCGCUCAUUUCAAGAUUCGAACACGCGGCUACUGGAUCUUAUGGGAAUUGUACGAUACAUAUAAGAAAUGCAUGCGUCUGCAGUUGUGUCGUCCGGAGAUAUGCUCCCUGACCAUCUCAUUAGUGACGGCAAUCGAUACCGUACUCGCUCAGAACCAGCAAAUGGAUCUCAUCGCACCUCACAGGCGAACCAUGUUACAGGACGUGUUCGAUCAGUUGUACCACUCAGCCAACUUCAUCGUGGAUUACGUCUUUCAUUUGGAGCACGACCUCAUGGAAGGGCGUCACUGCUUCCGCAAUGAGCCUCAGUAUAGUGCGAAAGGCGGCGUCAACGUUGAGACUGUUCGCGAAGGUCAUGGUCACGAGCUAGACAGACUCGCGAGGCUUGCAGCUACAACUGCACCGACAUCCGAAGCCAAUACAAGGCCCACCCCUUUGAAGCGUGCCACCACAAUGCUGUCUGUGAACGUGAAAGACACGUUGCUCCUCGCCCUUGAAGCCAUCGCUCGAACGUCUGAUGCCAUACCCCCAUUGAAAGGAGCUACAAAUGGUUUGCUGUUCUUUGUGACUCACGCAGACGUGAUGUUCGGCAAUAGGUCAAAAAUACAAGACAUACACACACGCAUCGCCGGGCUAGCGGCCCAACUUGAACCCGACAUCAUGCAGCGCAACUCUUUGGCCCGCUCCCAUCAAGAUGCCAUCGCCGUCCUGGCUGAGGACCUGAGUACGGUCAGCACAAGUUUUGGGGAGAUCUUGCGUCAGCGUAAAAGCCGCUUCAAGCGCUAUCUUAGCGCAAAACGGCAUCAUGCAGAGUUAUCGGACAUGAUAGGGCGACUCGACCAAGCAAGGGCCAACUUCACGACAGCUGUCUCUACCUCGAACGCGAAGACGAACGCCGAGGUUCUCGCGUGCGUCAAGGCGAUCAUGGCCGUCGUGGGCGAACCAUGCAUGUGCAAUUUCGGGAGGAGUCGCUCGGACUCCAGUUCCACGUCAUUUGAGACGGUCCCUCUGCAAUAG